GCUCGGUGCGGCGUCGCCGGUGCUGCACGCCUGCACCGCCGGUUGCAACACCCUCCCCCCCUCGCGCUCGGCUUCUCGCUCGCCGCCGUCUUGCCGCUAGCCUGUCUCACCUCGCGGCCGGCAGCCUUGCGCGACGCGCCGCGCUCUUUCACAUUCAAAAUUAUUCGCAACCAUUGCAAAAACUCUCUGUGCAAUAAAAUAUAUUAUCAUUCGCUGCGGCCGCAAUAAGUCUGCACGGAGAACAUUUUUAAACCUAUAUACAAAUUUAAGUGCCUUUGAAAGUUUGAAUGCACUCCUCGUUGCAUCAAGUCCCGCGCGCGUCGUUAUGAGAACCCCGUACUGGCGGUCACGUUGACGUCGCGCGGUGCCGCCAUAUCUGUCUCGGCCACCAAGUAGCAAAAUUAAUAGGCCCAAAAUUUGUUUCACAUCACUAGAAGAAUGCAAUAGCCCGCGCAUUCGCUUUUUAAAAUUUUACCUUCACCCGGAUGGAAUGAGGAGUGCACAGACCUAUUGUUUCACAGUUUCAUAUGUUUGAACAUCAUUUGUUUUUUUGUUUUUCGGACGAUUAGAGAGUUGUCAUUUUCUUCCAAAAUUACAAAAAUUACAAAAUAAGAAUGGCGGAGGGUAAUGGAGAGAUAUCCGUAGAAGAGGUCCCCGGGAAGGACUCCGACGUUGGCCGUACACCAGACUACCGCAAACUUAUAGAAUAUGGCUUGGACCCAAAGGUGGCCGGCAAGCUGGACGACAUUUAUAAGACUGGAAAGCUAGCGCACAUCGAGUUGGACGAGCGUGCGCUGGACGCCUUAAAAGAAUUUCCAUCCGACGGUGCUUUAAGUGUUCUUGGACAAUUUUUAGAUUCAAAUCUUGAGCAUGUAUCGAAUAAGAGUGCUUAUUUAUGUGGGGUCAUGAAGACCUAUAGACAGAAAAGCAGGGCGGGCGUGCAAGGCGCGCCUGCGCUGACGGCUGCUGUCCCGGCCAAGGGCCCCGACGAAGAGAAAAUCAAACAAAUCCUCGCCAGGACUGGAUAUUCUUUAGACGUGACCACAGGUCAACGUAAGUAUGGCGGGCCGCCGCCCGGCUGGGAGGGGGGCACGCCAGGCGCCGGCUGCGAGGUGUUCUGCGGCAAGAUCCCCAAGGACAUGUAUGAGGACGAGCUGAUCCCCUUGUUUGAGAGGUGCGGCACCAUCUGGGACCUGCGCCUCAUGAUGGACCCCAUGACCGGCACCAACCGCGGCUACGCGUUCGUCACCUUCACCACGAGGGAGGCCACGCAGCGCGCCGUCCAAGAGCUCGAUAAUCACGAAAUAAAACCUGGGAAGACUCUGAGAAUUAAGAUUAGCGUACCGAAUCUGCGACUUUUCGUCGGCAACAUUCCCAAGUCUAAAGGCAAAGAGGAGAUACUGGAAGAGUUUGGUAAAUUAACAGCUGGACUGGUAGAAGUUAUUAUAUAUAGUUCGCCCGAUGACAAGAAGAAAAAUAGAGGGUUUUGUUUUUUGGAAUACGAGUCACACAAAGCGGCGUCGUUAGCCAAGCGCAGACUGGGCACUGGGAGAAUAAAGGUAUGGGGCUGUGAUAUAAUAGUCGACUGGGCGGACCCUCAAGAAGAACCCGACGAGCAGACUAUGAGCAAAGUGAAAGUGCUGUACGUGCGGAACCUAACGCAGGAGAUCACGGAGGAGGCGCUCAAAGAAGAAUUCGAGCACUACGGCACGGUGGAGCGCGUCAAGAAGAUUAAAGAUUACGCAUUCGUUCACUUUGAGGACCGGGACUGCGCUGUUAAGGCGAUGCACGAGCUGGACGGCAAGGAGAUGGGCGGUGCGCGGCUGGAGGUGUCGCUGGCCAAGCCUCCCUCCGAUAAGAAGAAGAAGGAGGAGAUACUGCGCGCGCGCGAGCGUCGCAUGACGCAGAUGAUAUACGGCCGCGGCGGAUUUGAUUGGUGCAGCUGCUCGCCGGUGCACGGCGCGCUGCGGGGCCGCACGCCGCAGCCGCAGCCGCGCCCGCCCGCUGCUCGCGGCGACUACGAUUAUGAUUACGACUAUUACGGGUACGGGGAUUACCGAGGUGGCUACAAUGAGCCAUUUUACCGGUACGAUGAGUUCUAUUUUGAUUACGCGGGGCCACCGCAACCGUCCGCCGUCCGCCAGCCUCCCAACAGAGCGCAACCGAGCGUGUGUUGUGAAGACUUACUGAUCCGCUUGGUCGAUGCCUCACUCAGGAAGACGAGCUCGCUCUCGGGCCCAACUCGCUUUACUACGAUCUAACCGGAGGCAUUCAGGUACCGGACUUCAAUAUGUAAUGGUAUAUUUACCCUCUGACAAAUGAACCUACUGUUCCCAUGUUAGAACAUUGUCUAGUUGUCGUAGUUACUGUGCGCCUAGUCUCGCAACACAUACAGCUUUGUAUCCUACGUACCUGAUUGUUUCUACAUAUAACCCUAGUUAAGAACUUAGAGAUUAUUUUGGUUAUACCUUAUUGCGGUAUACUGCAAUAUGGUUGCAGUAAUAUUUUGAUUAUUUUGCAGCAUGACUUUAGUUUGACUUUAAAUAUCAAGUAAAUAAAAGUCACAUAUUCUUGAUAUUACUGUCGGUUUACACAACCGGAACACUGAACAAAACAUUUAGUCAUGGCACAUUCUCGCCUUCAGUGAAAACCGACUGUUAUAAACAAGAAUGUGUAAUGUACAUUUAUUAGUAUGUAUAUAUAGUUUAAAUUGUUUUAUUAUUGCUGCAAAAUUAUGUUACGUAUAUAGUUAUAGUGUUAUAGUAAAUAGCAUUAAUAAUUUUGCUGCAAAUUUUACAAUAAAUACUUCUCACAAUGCGAUGGAAAGCUAAAGAAGCGUUGAAUGUUUCUUUAUCGUAUUGUGAAAACUAUUUUUUUGUUGUGACUGUAAUAAUUCAGCACGAUUAAUGAAUACAUUGCCUUAAAAAAGCGCUAAUUAGUAUAUUACUUUUCGUAAUAAAGUACUUUUAUUAUUUAGUUUGCGACUACAGAGAUGUACACUGGCUGUUAUCAGAUAUUUAUGAUAACUGAAAGUGUAUUUUAUUUAAUGUCUCGCGCAUUCAAAACAACCAGCACGUCCGAUGCCCCUAAUUGCAGUAUUCCUUUGCCGAGGUUCUAGUGAUUUAUAGGGUUCAUAAAUAACAAGAUAUUUUGUACCAUUUCCUAAUAAUAUUGGUAUUUUUUAAAUAUGCACUCAAUUGGCAAGUUAUUACGUUGCAGAAGAUUUACAUUAUAUAGCAUUUUAAACGCGCCAUAUUGCAUCAUACGAGCGAGCAUGCAAACGCAUCUUAGAUUGCAUAUUGAAAUGACAAAAUUAUGAACUUUGAUCGUAAAAAAUGUAAUUUUGCUCAACUUUUAUGUCUUGCAUGAAUUUAGCUCCGUCCUUAUUAAAUAUUAAAGCUUUAAUGUAUCUUAUUAGAAUCUUAGUUUUAAUAUCCAAUUCAGAGUUGGUAAGUUGUAUUUAGCAAAUCUGACAUAUUGAAAAUUUUAUACUCUGUGCUUGUUAUUGUUAAUUCUAUUGUUGUUAUUGCCUCAUGGACGCAUAUUUAAAAGUUUGGAAUAUUGGUAUAAAGCUCUUCUAAUAGCUGUUUGUAAUCAGUACAAAUUUUAGAACAAAAACAUUUGUAGAUUCGAUAAGUAGCAAUGUAGUAGCAAGGCAAAGGGAUAGAGGCGACGUGGGGCAUCGGUCGUGCUGGCGAUGUGUCGAGGCGAGCACGAGGUG